CCAGUCACCUUGCUGCCAGUGCAGAGGACAUCAGCGUCUCUCAGUGUGCGCUGGAGGGCCGGCCGGGGGGUCUGUGACUCAUUCAUCCUGUCCAUCAGAAACUCAACCUUUAUCCUGCAGACCAGUCAAAGUGUGUCUGAUGACAGAGCAUAUUGCUUUGACAACCUGUUGCCCGGAAGUGUGUAUACUGUUGAAGUGAGCAGUGUUAGCGGAGAAAGGCGAAGUUUACCCACUGCUGUAAACGCUAACACACUUCCAGAACCUCCUGACGACCUCACUUUCAUUGAACAGGAAGUGAGCAGCAUGUAUGUGAUGUGGACACACCCACCGGGCAACGUGGAUGGUUACAGGCUUCAGUAUGGCUUUGCGGGUGACCUCCCUCUGCAGCACCGGGUUGAUCUUCAUAGCAACAGUGUCAGGAUUCAUGACCUGACCCCAGGAAGUGAUUACAGGUUUGAGAUCCAGUCCUUCCUGGGGUCAGAUUUCAGCCAGACCACAUCCCAAAACAUCUCUACUAGGCCAGCAGGUGUAUGUUCACUCUCUGUGUCUCACGUCAAUGGGACAUCUGCCACAGUGUCAUGGAAACCAACCACUGGUCAUUUUGAUUUUUAUAGAGUGUCGGUCAGUAACAUCUCUCAUAUCUGGACAUUAGAUGAGAGUCCACACUCGCAGGAGGUCUCUGUCAGCAGCCUGUGGAACGGCUGCUCCUACAACAUCACUGUUCAACGCUACAGAAACAACAUCAGUGGCACCGCUGCCACAAUCACCAUAUGUACAGUCCCUGCCAGUCCUGUGAGGUUGCAAGUGAUAAGCGUGUCACCUCAUGCUUUCUCACUCCACUGGUUGGCAUCACCUGGAUGUGAUAUGAACUACCUGGUCCAACUGCGUCCUGACCACGGCAAUAUCAACAUCACCACCACAGCAGACAGCGGAGUGCAGGCUCAAGUGUCCAGUGUAACCCCUGGAACAUCAUACACUGUGACGGUCAAUGCAGUAGCCUCGUCAGGGUUCAGCUCACCUGUCAGCCGAAUACUCGUCACCACUAAUAUAUCCUUACCUGCGGCCCCCUCUAAACCAGAAGGGGAGCGGGUUGGUUCCACUGGGAUCCUGCUGUCCUGGCGGAUGCCAUUGCCUCUCGACUCCUCGAUUCACUCGUUUGUCAUCAGAUACAAGGAAAUGUGUCCAUAUCCCGACCCUACCUUCACUGAGGUCACCAAGAGCCUGGAUAUCCCAGAAACCCUGCUCAACACACUCACCCCUGGAGCUACAUACAACAUCAAGGUUGCAGCAGUAAACAAAGCAGGAGUUGGACCUUUUAGCCAGUCUCUGUACUACAAAACUGCAGAGGCCCCCCCUGGUCUGGUGUCAAACCUCACAGCGUUCGCAGAGGAUCACACGUCAGUGUUAGUGACCUGGUUUCUCCCUGUACGCAUUAAUGGUCUCAUCACUAAGUUUGCAGUAAAAGUCAAACAUGCUCGAACAGGCCAGAUCGUCCGUACACGGGUGCUCAACGCAGAGGAAAUCAUGAACGGAGCCCUGCCUCACUGCAACGAUGCAGCAGACAUCUUAUCUCGUGGAACUCCAAGCCCGUCUGUGUCUUCCCAGUUGACCUCUGCUGUGUUGCCCACUGUUACGCUCUCAGCCGUACCUCCCGCCUUCAUCUGGAGUGUUCCAAUCAGUGUGAAGAUCGAUGAGCUCCGCCCCUACACUCCCUACGUGUUUGAAGUCUCCGCCUUCACCAGUGAUGGGGAGGGACAGAUCGCCAGCACUAUGGUCCGCAUGCCAGAGGCUGCCCCUGAAGACCCACCACAAAGCGUAGUUUUCAGAAACAUCACUUCUAGAUCUCUGUCGCUAUCUUGGGACCCUCCAAAGAUCACCACAGGACGGUUCAGUUACGUCAUCCAACUCCACAGCUCUGAAGGGUUUAUUAGUGAGAACAACACAAUCGAACAAGCGUUUAUGUACACUGGACUGACUCCAUACACACAAUACUACAUCCGUGUGAUGGCCAAAUCAGCAGGGGCCACAGGACCGGCAGCAGAGAUCAACAUUACAACACUAGCAGAAGCCCCAAGUGCUGUGUCUCAUCUGACAGCUGAGGCUGUGGACUCCACAUCUGUCCGUCUGUCCUGGAGACCCCCGGGCCAACCGAACGGACUAAUCACACACUAUCGGAUACUAGUGUUAUACCGCAGUACUCUUGUGCAGGACAUCACCCUGCGAGGACAGAAUGCUCCACUUCGUCGUAAUGCAAGGUCACUAGAAAUCACUACGUCAUCUGCAUUCAUUCUCACCUCACACAGAACAUUUCCCACUUUGGGUCGUGAUUUUACAAACACUGAUACAGAAAUGACCUCUGACCUUCCUCUGACCCCGAGCACCCCCCACACACCUCCACCCUGGCUCACAGUGACCCAUGACCGAACUGAUGUAUCUGUUAAAGCUGAGACUGAGGCUGUGACUCAGGAACCUUUGACUGAACUUUCAGCUGUCACUCAAGGAACUGACCAACCAACAUUGGUUAACUUAAGCCCCUCCCAGCCCCGUCGUUCCACUAGGGCGGUGGCCACAGACUCCACCCAGCAGCAGACAAACCCCUCAACAAGAGCUGCCACCACUAUCGGAAUAGAGGUCCUACCUGCCACUGAGGAGACAGCAGACCUGUCGUCUGAUCACAUCAUGUAUAUUGUUAGAAGACUGAGUCCUUUCACUGAGUAUACAUUUAGUGUGACAGCAAAAAACAUAAUUGGAGAAGGGCCUUCCACAGAAGUUACAGUGAAAACAACUGAACAAGUGCCCAGCUCUGUUCAGAAUGUGUCCUAUCAGAACCUGACCUCCACCUCCAUCCGUGUUACUUGGGAGCCGCCACUGAACCCUAACGGCAAACUGACUCACUACACUGUAUAUGCACAAAAUCUCCUUACAAACCAGCAAUUACGACAGACGGCGGACACCACCACUGAAGUGCUCACAGGUCUGGACAAGUACAGUAGUUAUAAGGUACGUGUGGCCGCUUCCACCGCCGUGGGGGAAAGUCCACUGACAGAUGAAGACUACAUCUUCGUUAUGACACUAGAGGAUGAGCCGGAUUCACCCCCACGGGAUCUGGCCGUAGUGAAAACCACCUCCUCCACCGCUUCUCUCACCUGGUCUCCGCCAGAGAAACCCAACGGCAUCAUCCGCCUGUAUGAGGUCUCCUACACCAACGGCACAUACAGCAACACAGUCAACAGCACAUCACCCAGUGCCACACUGUACUACCUGAAGCCUUACACACACUACAAUGUGACUGUCCGUGCGUUUACUCUACACGGACACGGGAACCAGAUUUCUGAUACUCUACAGAUGCUGUCGGGGGAGGAUGUGCCUGGCAGCCCACCAUACGAUUUGACCUAUGAGUACAUCGGAUCCAGUGAGGUGAAUGUGUCAUGGUCACCCCCGCUUCUCGCAAAUGGCAUCAUCUUGAUCUACAAUGUAGAAUACUGGAACGCCACACACAGUCUGAACCAAACCACACAAGUGCCUUAUGUCAUCCUGUCCAACCUGCGAAAGUAUGCACGCUACCGUAUCAGCGUACAGGCCGCCACACUGGUCGGCUCUGGAAACCACACGAGCGAGAUCCUGAACAUCACCACAUUGGAGGACGUGCCGAGUGGUCCCGUCCACAACCUCACUGCUAUGAUCUAUAGCUCUACGGCUGUUGUGAUCAGCUGGGACCCUCCUCUGGAGCCCAAUGGCAGAGUCUUCUAUCAGCUGAGCCUCCAAGAGGCGGGUACGACCCACCCGUCCAUCAACCGCACAGUCAACACCACCAUCACCAAAACUACCACAGACAACAUCUACCUCUUUACCAAGCUCAGGAAGUAUUUUCCCUACAUCAUAAAAGUCACCCCAGCAACCAGUGCUGGAUCGGCUUUAAACCACACUGCAAUGCUGCCCCUGCGAACAGAUGAAGAUGUCCCAAGUUCUCCACCAUUGCCUGGAGCUAGUAGCAAUCUCUCCAGCACCUCCAUCUAUGUGUCAUGGUUCCCCCCAGUCGAGGCCAAUGGCGAGAUCAUAAAUUAUACUGCAGUUUUACAAGGUCCUGGGAGCGUCAACAAAACCUACACCACUGUAGAAACACACCUAAUGCUCUCAGAGCUCACUCCAUUUACACCUUACAAUCUCUCCAUCGCUGCGGUCACACGCAUAAAUGCCGGUCCCUCCGUGAUUAUUCCACUGCAGACUGAUGAAGCAGUCCCAAUGUCUCCACCACACAAUCUGAGUAUUUUUAACCACACUGUGAAUUCAGUGUGGCUUCAUUGGGAACCAAGUCCAGAGCCAAAUGGAAUCAUCCAGCACUAUGGUUUCCGAAUACUCGAACUAAACACAUACACUUUCAGAUAUCAGAACUCAUCAGAUGCAUCCACACAAGCAGAACUGAGUGGCUUUAGACCUCAUAAUUCAUAUAAUAUCAGCGUGUGCGCGUUCACUAGAGCAGGAAAUGGAGAUCAGUACAGCCUACCUGUCAUCUUCACCACCAAUGAAUCAGUGUCAGAUGCCGUUGGGAAUUUGACCUGUUCUGGAUUGGAUUGGAAUUCAGUCUACAUGAAAUGGGAGCUUCCGAUUCAUCCUAACGGAGAGAUUCUGUACUACAUCAUUCGCUCUGGAGAUCUAGAGGAGGAGGCUCAUCCUCUCGUGCUCACACACACAGUGGCACACACUUUCAUCGGCCUGUCACCGAACAUUUUCUAUGUCAUCAGCGUAGCUGCAGUUAAUUCAGCCGGAAUAGGGGACGAAGCCAACUGUACUGCACACACUCCACCUGAGUCAGUUCCUGGUCCGCCCCAGUCACUGAACAUAACGGAUGUUACCUCUGACAGUGUGUCUGUGAGCUGGCAGCGUCCCGUCUACGUUCCUGGUCUGUUGCAGGGUUAUAAUGUAGAGAUUCAGCAAUUGGCAAGAAAUUGUGUGCCAGAGCAGCACGUGGACUCCUGUGUGGAGAGAGAGUUUGAGGUGUGGGUUGAAGGAGAAACCAGUGGAGUCACACUUUCCCAUCUGCUGAAAUAUAGAGAUUACAGUAUCAGACUGGUGGCGUUCACCAGGGCUGGAGCCGGAGAACCCUCCAACUGGAUCCACACACAGACACUCGCAGGAAACCCUGAUGCCCCCCCUGGUAACAUAUCAGUGUCUGCUUCUCCCACUCAGUUAAAUAUUGAGUGGGACGAACCAUCGGUCAUCACAGGACCCACCUCAUACAUCAUUGACAUCGCUGAUUUGGAUGGUUUGGGAUACAACAUAAGCCUAGUGCGGCAUUCAGAGGAGACCAGGAAGGUGUUUGUCGGGAACCUGACUGCAUUUACCCUGUACUCCAUUACCAUCACCGCCUUCACGGGGCAGCUUCCAACGCUCGCACAGACGGCUCGCACAGACGGCAAAGCAUCUGAACCCGUUCUCGCUAGAACCCUGGAGAUUG